AUGUCCAUCACUGUCAAUUUGAAGAGGAUCACCAACUUGCCAGGAAAAAGUGAUAGAAAGGUGGAGUUGUCUUUCAGAGGUUUCACACACAAAACCAGAAUCCUGCAGUGUGAAAACGUAGCCAUCUUCAACGAGCACUUCAGAUGGCCACACUAUGGGAAGAUGAUCAAGGACGAGAUGCUGUCUGUCAGUGUGUACAACAGCAGUAAAGUCUUCAGCAACAGGCUCUUGGGGAAACUGGUCAUCAGUUUGCAGCAUGUGGUGUCGGCCGGGAGGCUGCUGCUGCGAGAGCCCCUUACAGGCAGCAACUACGGCCUGACAGACAUAUAUAUUGAGCUGGAUGUGAGGUACCAUCCUGUCGAAGGUGCAGCUGGUGGCUGGCAGGAGGAGGAGUUCCUGGAUAUAGAGGACCAUGAUGAUUCUGGACUUGUCAUCAGAAACACUGGAUUUCUUGAACCUGGCUCUAAGGAGACCAUGCGGCCGGAACGGCUGGACCGGGAGACCAGGAAGAUAGGCCGGAGUCUGAUCCAAACCGGGGAGGAGGACGGAGAAGAGUACGACGACGAUGACGACGACGAUUAUGACGUGGCUGACUUGGAAUGUGCCAACAUGACCUUCACGCCCAUCCUAAGUCGCUGCAGGGUUCUGUCCAAGUACGAGCUUGCCACCGUUCCCAAAGUGCAGACCUUCCAGGUCAAUGUGAAUGUGGUAGAGGCACAGAAGCUGGUGGGGGUGAACAUCAACCCGGCUGUGUACAUUACAGUGGGGGAGGAGAAGAGACAUACGGCCACACAGAAAUCCACCAACUGUCCCUUCUACAAUGAGAACUUCAUGUUUGAAUUCCAGGAGACACAAGAGGUUCUGUUUGACAAAGUUAUUGAGAUAACGGUUGUUCACAAAAAGAUGCUGGCAUUUAUGAUGACACGGAUUGGCACCUUCAAGGUUGACAUCAGCACGGUCUACAGUCAGCCAGAUCACCGGUUCUACCAAAAAUGGGCCCCUCUGACAGAUCCCAAAGACACGCGCACGGGGGUGAAAGGUUAUGUGAAGUGCACAGUGAGCGUGGUGAUGAAAGGGGACGCCAUGGGCAUGCCCAGCAUCCCGUCAGUGGGCAGCCAGAACGACGACAUCGAAAAGAAUCUCCUCCUGCCCAAGAGGAUGCCAGCUGAGCGCCCUUGGGCCAAGUUCCUGGUGAAGAUUUACAAGGCAGAGGGUCUGCCCAGUAUGAAUGCUGGGUUCUUGGGCAGCUUUUCCAAGAUGAUGGGUGAAAAGAAGGUCUUCAUUGACCCCUAUGUGCAGGUCACCUUUGCAGGCCAGCAGGGAGAGACAUCAGUGGAGAGCAACACAAAUGCUCCCGAGUGGAAUGAGCAGAUCUCCUUCAUUGAGCAGUUUCCCCCUCUCGCCCGGAGGAUCAAGAUUCAGAUCCUCGAUGACGCUAACAUCGGGGACGUUGCCGUGGCAACACACUUCCUGGACCUGCAGCAAAUCUCGAACCCCAAUAGGAAUGGGUUCCACCCCACAUUUGGUCCGUCCUGGAUCAACCUGUACGGGUCGCCCCAGAACUCAGCUCUCCGGGACAUCCAUCGCGACCUGAACGAGGGUUUGGGUCAGGGCAUCUUCUACCGGGGCCGGAUUCUGCUGUCCCUUUCGGUGGAGGUCUACUCCUCGCCCACCGCAGUGGUGGAGAACAAGGCCAUCGCUGCUGUCAAGAGCACGCUCAGCAAGCUCUCCCUCAAGAAGAAGAGCAGGAAGUCCAAGGAGAAGAAGAAGAAAGACAAGGAAACAGAACAGGGCCGCAGUGGGCCCAGCGAGGAGCCUGACGACUCGAGUUCUGAGGUGCCUGGUGCCGUGACUGUUGAGGUGGAGGAAAUUCACCCGCUUCCUGAGAAUUUCGUAGGACAGAAAGAGGAGUUCUUGCUGUUUGCGUCUCUCUUUGAAGUCACCAUGAUCGAUCCGUCCAUUGGCAACAAACUGGUCACGUUUGAGCUGUCUAUCGGGAACUAUGGCAAGGCAGCGGAUGUUGUGGUGAAGUCAAAGAAGAGCGCAGGCCGAGAAGAGCAAGGGGAGGACAGGCAGCCGCUUCUAGAAUCUUCCGAAGACGAGCUAGAGAGAGAGGAUGUCCCUGCCCCAGGCUCACGGGACAAGUCUGUCACUGCCCCUAGGAGACCACAGGCCACCGAGUAUGACAGGUCUUUCAGCUGCAUCGGUAUGUUGCGUGAGAAGCCCUGUAUGUUCGUGUGGAACCACUAUGAGGAUCACAGCUUCCGGCUCCACAACUCCAACUGGUUGUCCAAGAUGGCCGACAGACUGGAAUAUGGUAUUGAAGAGGUGGAGAAGCUACUGAAGAGACCCAGGAGCAAAGCCAAGGAGCGGCUGGUGGAGGUGCUACUGGAGUUUGUUGCCAGUUGCAAGCAGUACAGCUCCAACACAGACAGGAAGACAAUGACUCGGCCGAACAACCUUGACAAAUGCCGGAUGGAGUUCAUCAAGAAGAACAUUAUCAUCUUGGCCAAGCAAGCCCUCCGAGUGAGGAGGAGAAUCACGAAUCGAACAGCCAAGGAGAAACUGGCAGACACCAAGAGGAUACUGAAGAAGAUCCGCUUCCUGGCCAAAGAGCCCCAAAGCACCCUGCCUGACGUGUUUUUGUGGAUGAUGAGCGGUGGGAAGCGGGUUGCCUACGCCAGGAUCCCCGCUCACACUGUCAUCUUUUCCCUGGUGGAGGAGGAGAAAGGCAAGGACUGCGGGAAGCUCACCACCGUCUAUAUGAAGACCCCGGACGGGCCAGUCGGGGAGAUCUUCGCCAAACUGGAGGUGUACCUGUGGCUCGGCAUCACCAAGUACGCAAAGAACAGCGUGAACAGCCUGCCAGAGGAGUUCCGGCCCCUGUACGAGGAGGCCACUGCGGGCACCCCCAUCCCCCCCAACAUGCCCCCCGUCAAACUGUCUUGCGAGGACAGCCGCUACUUCCAGCUGCGGGCUCACAUCUAUCAGGCCCGGGGCAUCCUGGCUGCCGACGACAACGGCCUCUCGGACCCGUUCGCCAAAGUGGUGUUCUCCACACAGUGCCAGGUCACACAGGUGCUGGAGGAGACCCUCUCCCCGACCUGGUGUGAGCUGCUGCUGUUCCAUCAGAUCCUCAUGGAGGGCAGUAAGGACGACCUGAGGAACGACCCCCCUGUCGUCAUCAUCAACAUCUACGACUACGACAAAAUUGGCAGCCCGCAGGCCCUGGGCCGAGCCUUUGCCGAACCCGAGCUGAAGUUCGUGGAGGAGCCCUACAAGAAGCCCAUGCUGCAGUUCUUCGAGAUCAGCAAGGGGAAGGUGUCGGCGGGAGAGCUGCUGGCUGCCUUCGAGCUCAUCGAGCUCGACUACUCUGGCUUUGGAGAGCCAGCUCUCCCAGCUGAUGUGGAUCCCCGGGAGCCAAUGUUCCUGCAGGAGGAGAGGCAUUACAUCAUUCCCGAGGGGGUGAGGCCCGUGCUGAGGAAAUUCCGGAUUGAGGUGCUGUACUGGGGCCUGAGGGACCUGAAGAGGGUGAAUCUGUUUGAGGUGGAAAAGCCCCAGGUGAGGAUCGAGUGUGCUGGGCAGAGGAUCGAGUCGGAGGAAAUUGAGAGCUACAAGCUCAAUCCCAAUUUCAAGGAAAUCGUCAAGCACUUUGAUGUGGAGCUGCCAGAGCUGGUGUACCUCCACCCUCCGCUCACCAUAUUUGUCAUGGAGCAGAGGGCCUUUGGGCGGCUGGUGCUGGUGGGAACUCACGUAGUCCAGAGCCUCAUGCACUUUGCCCCCAAAGACCUGGAUGAGUGGAAAGAGGAGGAGGAAGAGCCAGAGCCUCAGGAAAAGAAACCAAAGAAAACAACACCUCUGAACACUGUGAUGAGCAUGGACCUGAGAGGACUGCCCAUCAAAGACAGCAAGAUUCCCAUCAAUCCCAUUAACCUGGUCACAGCUCCACUAAAAAAGAAGAAGCUGAAAGAGGAAGAGCUGGAGGAGGAGAGGCCAGAGAAGGAGGAACUGGACUGGUGGUCUAAAUACUACGCCUCUCUGGCAGAGCUAGAGAAACAGAACGAGGAAGAUGAGGACAAUGAUGAACAGCAGGAAGGAGAUGAAGGAAAUCUCAACAUGGCCGCCAUAGAGGCAGAGGAAGGUGACACCGUAGUGGUGGAAAUCGAGCCUCCAAAACCAAAGAGAAAAAAGAUUGCCACUCUGCAGCUCUACAAAUCAGAGCUGGAGAACGAGUUUAACGACUUCAUGGACUGGCUGCACACUUUCCCCAUCUACAAAGGUAAAUCCAACUACGAGGAUGAGGAAGAGGAUGAAGAUGAGCGAACCAUGGGGAAAUAUAAGGGCUCUUUUUUAAUUUACCCCAUCUCAAAAGAAGAGGAGGAUGCAGAGUGCCAGAUCACCAGUGGGAUCCCCAAAAAUCUGCCCAUCAAAGUCCUUGUGAGGGUCUACAUGGUGAAGGCCACAAACCUGGCCCCCACAGACCCCAAUGGGAAAGCGGACCCGUAUGUGGUGGUGAAGGUGGGCCAGCAGCAGAUGAACAGUAAAGAGCGCUACAUCCCCAAACAGCUGAACCCUGUGUUUGGAGAGGUCUUUGAGCUGACCGUGUCCUUCCCCCUGGAGACGGAGCUCACCCUGUCCGUGUUCGAUCACGACCUGGUGGGCUCUGACGACAUGAUCGGGGAGACCCGCGUCGACCUGGAGAACCGCUUCUACAGCCGGCACCGCGCAGGAUGCGGCCUGGCCCUGUACUACGACAAGGAUGGCUACAACAAGUGGAGGGACGCCAAGAGGCCGUCCGCCAUCCUUGCGGACCUCUGCCGCAAGAACGGCAUCCCGUCACCCGAGUACCGCGAGUCUGAGGUCAAAGUCCUCAACAAGAUAUUCAAAAUUCCCAACGAGGCCUUUCCAGAGGAGCUGGUGAAGAAGAACAAGAAGACGGAGGAAGACCUUAAUGAGCUGGACGAGCACAAGGCACUGAGCGUGCUCCACCGCUGGGGUGACAUGGGGGAGUUCUGCGUGGGGGCCUGUCCGCUGGUCCCCGAGCACGUGGAAGUCCGCUCCCUGCUCAACCCUGAGAAGCCUGGGCUCCCCCAGGGUUAUGCUCACAUGUGGAUCGACAUGUUCCCUGUGGAUGUGCCGGCGCCGCCGCCCGUCAAUAUCAAGCCCCGCCUCCCAAUUAGCUACGAACUACGUGUGAUCAUAUGGAAUACUGAUGACGUGGUGCUGGACGAUGUCAACCCCUUCACUGGAGAACCAAGCAGCGACAUUUAUGUCAAAGGCUGGAUCAAAGGGCUGGAGGGGGAGAAGCAGGAGACAGAUGUUCACUUUAACUCGCUGACCGGGGAGGGAAACUUCAACUGGCGUUUUGUCUUCCACUUCGACUACCUGCCCACGGAGAAGGAGAUCACCUACAAGAAAAAGGAGUCCAUCUUCUCCCUGGAGGAGUCCGAAUUCCGUCAGCCUGCAGUUCUUGUGCUGCAGGUCUGGGACUACGACCGCAUCGGUGCCAAUGACUUCCUGGGGUCCAUUGAGCUUCGGCUGAAUGACAUGGUGCGGGCGGCCAAGUCCUCAGAGCAGUGCAGCGUGAAGAUGGCCAAGGACAGGGCCAGCCCCCGCUUCUCCAUCUUCCGCAGCAAGCGGAUGAAGGGCUGGUGGCCCCUCAUCAAGCUCAAGAGCCAGGAGGACAUCGAGAGGGAGGAGCGGGAGGCGGAGGAGGCCAAGAAGAACAAGAAGAAGAAGAAGAAAAAGAAGAGCAAGCGCAGCCAGAUGAAGCCCGAGGAUCUGCAGUUCGUGGACGCCAGCGGGAACACUUAUCUCUUGAUGGGUAAGGUGGAGGCGGAGUUCCAGCUGGUCACGGCUGAGGAGGCAGAGAAGAAUCCCGUUGGUCUGGCACGCAAGGAACCAGAGCCUCUGGACAAACCCAACCGUCCCAAGACCUCCUUCAACUGGUUUGUGAAUCCCAUGAAAACCUUCAUCUUCUUCAUCUGGAAGAAGUACAAGAAGUACAUCAUUGCUCUGGUGGUGCUGGCUGUCCUGACCCUGUUCCUCGUACUAAUCCUCUACACCCUGCCCGGCCACAUCAGCCAGCUCAUCGUCAAUGGAUAAGGGUGA